UAGCCCCCCCUUUCCCAUUUACGGCAAGCGGCGCGAGCUUUGCCGCACCAUAUUGCUCUUGUAUUCCAACCACCAUGCUUACAGAUGGCAAUGCGAGAGGCUGUCGCGAUGCCGCGCCUCGGUUGUCGCGAACUCUGUUUUCCAUUGCACGAAUAGUGCAAGCCACUGUAAUCUAUAAGAAGAUGCUGCCGCUGGCCUGCCCCAAGAACUUGCAAUACUUUACACUGGCACCUUAGGAACCAAAAGGCAAGUCUUUGAACCAUUGACACCACAGGCAAUCUUUACUUGCUUGACUGAUAUCUCUCGACAACACACGAUUUCGUUUUCCCUUCUUCAUCACACAAAGAGCUCAUGCCAUUGAGCGUUGCUAUCAUCGGGGCAGGCCCCUCAGGCUUGACACUGGCUCGUCUGCUGCAGGUCACUGAAAUCGAUGUCUCCAUCACCAUCUUCGAACGGGACGUCUCACCAACAUCACGUCCUUCCCAGGGAGGCACAUUAGACUUGCACAACGACACAGGCCUGGCCGCCUUGAAAAAGGCAGGAUUAUGGGACGAAGCUCUCAAGCACCUUCGCUAUGACGGCGAGGAGCUCAAGAUUGGGGACAAGAACGCUACUGUCUUAUUACACCACCGCGAGGAGCCGAAAAGCAAGGCCGAAACCGGCGAAUACGCGCGCCCAGAAAUUGAUCGUGAACUGCUCAGAAGCAUGCUCCUCCAGAGUGUCAAGCCCAAGAUCAUUCAAUGGGGCAAAGUCCUGCAAGCCCUCGAGCCCAACACAGGUGUCUUGACUUUCCGGGACCAAUCGACCGCGGGACCAUUCGAUCUUGUCAUCGGCGCAGACGGUGCGUGGUCAAAAGUCAGACCACUUUUGACAGACAUCAAACCGCAAUAUUCAGGCAUAUGCGGGUUUACAAGCUUCAUCAACAAUGUCAACGAUGAGUACCCGGAGAUGUCCAAGAUGAUAGGACGCGGCAGUUACUUCGUAUACUCGGAUCGGAAGAGCUUUACUGCGCAGAGAAUGGGGGACGAGAGCGUCCGGAUUGCCGCUUGGGUCAUGAAGGACGAAAAGUAUGCUUCUGAUGUGGUCGCCAAAUACGGCAAGGACGAAGACGCGCUGAAACAGGAGAUACUCGGAAAUUUCGCAGACUGGUCGCCGGACAUCCUUCGCUGGACUCAGGCCAGUCAUGGCUUUGUUGCUUGGCCUCUCUUUGAGCUCCCAGUCGGACAAUUCUGGGAGCACAAGAAAGGAUACACGAUGAUUGGAGACGCGGCAAGCCUCAUGACGCCGUUCGCGGGUGAAGGCGUUAACAAGGCAAUGAAAGACGCGCUGGAACUGGCCGAAGCACUGGAAGUAGCCCUGAAAAGCGACCGUGACAUCGACGAGGCUGUCAAGAAUUACGAACAGGCCAUGUUUCCGCGGGCGACGAAAUACCAACAAUGUACACUGCGGAACAAGAAUGCGCUUUGUACCGAAAAUAGCGCCGUCAAUGUCCUGGUGGCCUUUGUCGAUAUGGUGGCAGAAGAGAUGGGCUACGACCUGCAGAAGGGUUGGCUGGCCUGGGUGCCUGUCAAGACCAUGAUGUACUAUUAUGCUUCUUCUCGGCAGACUCUUGGCCAAUCGAGCAAGACUUUGAGAUCAUUGUUUAGGCGCUGAUCCAGCGGGCCAGUUGUGAGAUAGCUCAGCGGGGGAUGGCAGUCUGGAGCUUUAUGGCUCAUAGAAGCAUUCGCAAGAAUGAUUAUGACCUGCAAUGUUUAUA